UGUAGUCCUGACCCCAGCGCCCCCGUGUGGCCGACGUCUGCGGAUCGGCCAUGGUGCCGCCGCCGCUGUCGCCUCCGCUCUGCACGCUGCCGCCUGGCCCGGGCCCACCCCGCUUCGUGUGCUACUGCGAGCGGGAGGAGAGUGGGGACGCAGACUGCGGCGGCUUCAACCUCUAUGUCACCGACGCCGCGCAGCUCUGGAGCACCAGCUUCUCGCGGGACAGCCUGGCGGCCCUCAAAGCCCGCUUUGGUCUUAGUGAAACUGAGGACAUCACCUCCCGGUUCAGGGCAGCCUGCCAUCAUCAAGGGGUGACUCUGAGCUUUCAGGAGGAUAGAGCAUCCCUGACACUUUCAGGGGGGCCAUCAACACUGGUCUUCGACCUCUCCAAGGUGCCGGGUAUAGAAGCAGCCCCCAGGUUGCAGGCACUGACCCUGGGCCUGGCAGAGCGCGUGUGCAGCCUGGAGCAGCAACUGGCAGCUGUGGAAAAGACAGCUGCCAGCCCCAGGAAGAGUCCCCAGCCAGCAGGAUCUCAACUCUUCUUACCAGAUCCCGAUCCCCAGAGAGGUGGUCCUGGACCUGGGGUCAGGAAACGGUGUCCAGGGGAAUCCCUCAUCAACCCUGGCUUCAAAAGUAAGAAGCCAGCUGGUGGCGUAGACUUCGAUGAAACCUAAAGUGCAGCAAAACGUGUGGCCUUGUCAGGAGUCUCCUGGUGAAUAGAGCAGCAGCCUGAGUCCCUGCCACCAGAGACCCUGCCUCGACUUCCAUCUGUGGCAGCCCAUCUGCUGUGUGCAGAGUAGGGCUGCUGCCCAAGUCCCUGCCCUAUAAAAUAAAGGGCUCCCUCAGGUGAA